CCGAACUACCGGUACCGUAUCAGGUUGAGAUAAAAAUAGCUUUCAUUGAAUAUGAUGAUUUUUAAAGGAUAAUGAAAGCUGCAGCGGGACAGCAGGAAGAGUAUUUGAGAGCCGCAUGCGGGGUUGCACAUCACAGAUCGAGAUAGCCUAAUCUAUUUUGAACUCGUCGUACAAGUUAUUGUCAUUUUACACUCAGACAUCUGAACAUUACCUUGAAAAGCUAUGGCUGUAUGGUAACACAUUUUGAUAUGUCAAAAUCUACAGAUCUAAGGAAAUGACAGUUGAAGUUGAGACAAUUGAAAGUUUGUCAUAAUGUCAGUUUCCUUUGGAUUCAAGAAGAAAAUAGAAUCCAAGGUUGUGAAUGUUGAAAAGCCUAAAAAUGAAGAGCCGGAUUAUCUUGAAACCGUAGAAGGAAAAGUAAUAAAAUCAACUAAACUUCAGAAAGAACCACCAAGGGAUUUGGUUAUACCCCUAAUUAAACAAAAUGUUUAUAAAAUACCAACAUCUGUGAAUAAACAAAAGACAUCAGCAGAAAAUGUUAUCAGUAGUAUUGAUGCGGAAGCAGCUAAAGAAAUUCUUGCAGAAUCUAAAACAUUUUUAGAAGAUACUGAUCAAAACGGAGAAGAUUUUGAAAAUCUUGCAGUGCCACUUCUUAUGAAAAAUAAGGUGCCCGAGGGAUAUGAAACUGAUAAUAAACUAGAUGUAUCAUUGCGACCUGAUGAAGCAUCAGAGGCCCAAUAUGAUCAAAUCCCUGUGGCUGCAUUUGGCAUGGCAGUACUGCGUGGGAUGGGUUGGAAACCUGAAGUGGGAAUUGGCCGAACUUUCAAACAAAACACAGAAAUGUUGCACCAGCAAGUUAGGCCUAAAGGUUUAGGUCUUGGUGCUGAUGUGGCUACCCCAAUAAAAGCUGAUACAACUAAGACUACAAAUCGAGAUGAAACUCAUAUAGAGGAAAAUCAAUUAGCACUUGAAAAAGGUGCUAACGUAUUCAUUCACAGGGGCGCAUUGAGAAACAAAUAUGGUGUCAUUUUGGGUCUAGACAUUGAGACUGCAAGAUGUAUUGUCAAAAUGGCAAUAGGGGGUAAAUCUGAACAAAUUGGACAACAUUGUCUUAGAGUUGUUACAAAAAAGGAAUAUGAUAAAAAUGCGAAGGAUUUGAGUAGACUUAGCAAAGCAUAUACUGGGGAUAACAUGCUUAUAAUAGGUAAUGGAAAAAAUACAGAGGAAAAUGAUAAAAGACGAGAAUCACCAGGUUCUGAGAGAGCUAUGUCACACCAAAAAGAUACAGAUAUGAAGCAUAAAGAAAAAAGGAAAAGAAGACACAAAGAUUAUUCACCACCGAAACAUAAAAAAUCAAAGAAACAUAAGUCAAAUAGAGAGAUUUCUCCAAAACAAGACUCAAAUUCUACUCUCUCGCAUUGGGUACAACCUCAAAUGAGAGUCAGAAUUGUUGAUAAAUCGUACAAAAAAGGCAGAUACUAUCUUGAAAAAGUAAUUAUUGAAGAUGUUUUAGGUGGUGGACUUUGUUGCUGCAAAACGACAGAUGGUAGAUUGUUGGAUGAUAUUGAAGAAUCAAUGUUAGAAACAGUUAUUCCAAAAUCAGCUUCCGAUUCUUAUAUAAUUAUAGUGAAAUCAAAAUUCAAAUCGAAACAUUCAGGGAAACUUGCUAAAAUUUUAGAAAAAGAUAAAGCAAAUUGUGAAGCUCUGGUUCAGUUAAUUGAAGAUAGAGAUGUUGUGGUUCGGGUUGCUUUUGAAGAAAUGUGCGAGUAUACUGGCGAUGUUGAAGCCAGUAUGAUGUUUUAAUUUUGCCAAAAAUAAAAAGCAUUAAUUGUAUUUUGCCGUUAGGUUGAUGGUAAAAUGUUACAGCGUUUUUAAUAUAUUUUGGAUGCCUUUAUUGGAAUUCGAAAACCUUUUCAUUUAGAUAUGUGUUGCAUAAAUUUAAAACCUGAUGCCUUUGAAUAAAAAACAAUCUUAUAUCAACAAGUUUAUCAUAAUAUGAUUUUGAUAUAAACUACUACUCUGCUAACUGAUUUGAUUUCUAAAUUUAUGCUUCGAUAAUUAUCAAUUAAUCUCCUAAAACAUGGUAAAAUAAAUUGACUAAAUACUGUUCAUACACAGAAAUUUUAUAUCAGUCAUCCAAGUAUUGCCAAUGUUGAACGAACGAUUUUCGAUUUAUAAUUUGACAAAAAAUAGACAAUAUAUGUAUACAUGAAUAAUGUAUGAUUUGUUAAAUUACCAUUAAUAUGGUUCAUGUUAUGAUGUGGAUAAUUUGCAAUUUCAACUUAUUAGGAUCAUAAACAUCAAGCUUUAAUUAACCAUUUUAUCUAACAAUUCUUUUUACAUACAAUCAUCUUACAAUAGAUGUUAAGUUAUAUUCUUCUGUACUAGGUAAUCAAUCUGCAGUUUGCAAGACGAGUAUUCUGCAAGUGAUAAUAUCUCUUUAUUGUUGCUUCUAACAAUUGCAGAUGAUGAAUUGUAUUAAAAUGGAAUUUCUAUCGCACUUUUAUAUUUAUGUUUUGUAAAGA